AUGGACAUCUCCAAAAGAAAGCCUCCUCUUACCCGCUCUCGCAAUGAAGCAGAAAGCAACCCCAACAACAGGCGCAGUUGCAAACAAUGCAACCAGCGAAAAGUCGGCUGUGACAAAAUAUAUCCCUGCUGUAGUCGAUGCCUAAAAGCCGGUGUUGAAUGCACAUACCCGGGUCAGAAGCGAGCUCCACGGAAACUGAAGAGGCCGCCGAUAUCCGAGAUUUUGGCCCGUCUGAAGGAGUUGGAAGAAGAGGUUGAGUGGUUACGGUCUCGGUCUGAGACUUCGCCAAAGGGACAUGAAGAAGCUGUAAGCCCUGCUCAGGCAGAGGUUGUCAAUGAGGUGGAAACCUCUCGUGGAAGAUUGGUUGUGCGCGAUGGCCGAAGUCGGUAUGUUGGGGAUGAGGCGUCGGUGGUUCUUGGAGAGAAGAUUAGUGAAUUACGGGAGAUCUGUGAUGGAUCUUCAGAUGAGGAGAGUAUCGCGUAUUCAAUCAAGACGAAUAACGGCACGUUUUCUGUCCCAUCCAUUGGGAUUUUCGGGUUUGAUCAUUCAACGAGUAUUGACGCAAGCUACAAUGAAUAUCCCCAACCACUACGUGUGCAAGCACUGUGGGAUGUUUACCAGGUGAAUGUGGCUCCUAUGAUAGCAUUCAUACACAAACCCUCAAUAGAUACUUUAGUGCGAGAGCUCAAUGCAAACCCUAAGCUACAGCUAGACCCUGCACAGGACGCCCUAAUAAGGGCUAUUUGCUUCGCAGCUGUGGUGAGCAUGACACCGCAAAAGUGUCUUUCUGUCCUUGGCGAGGGCCACGAUGCCUGCAUCAAUGAGUACAGCAUCGCUGUGAGACAGGCUCUCGGAAAGGCGAAUCUCAUACAAACCAAGGAUGUCCAACUUUUGCAGGCCUCCGUCCUAUUCUUAUUGUGUCUCCGCCGGUAUGGCGACUCACGGCUUGUGUGGGCUGAAGCAGCGGUUGUGGUUCGGGUUGCGCAGCGGCUGGGUGUACACCGUGAUGGUGAACAUCUGGGCUUAUCCUCGUUCGAAGUUGAACUCCGCCGUCGACUGUGGUGGCAUAUCUGUAUUCUUGACAUGCUCUGCUCGGAAGACCAGGGAACUGACCCGCAGAUAUGGCCUGAUAUGUUUGAUACGAAGAUUCCUUCAAACAUUGAUGGCAAUGACCUCACGCCGCAUAUGACAGUCCUUCCAGCCGUGCAUCAGGGGCAUACAGAUAUUACGCUGUGUAUCAUAAACUGUGAGAUCAUAAGCAAUUUAUACUGGUCCGUCAAGUUCUUGAAUAAGAAUUCCAGGCAGCUUUCUACGCCCGAGAGAGGAAGCAUCAUAUCCAAUCUGGCAGACCGUCUCGAAACACAAUAUCUGCGCAAAUUAAACCUUGACAUCCCGAUACAGUGGAUAACAGCUGUAAUUGCCCGUCUUAUGUUGUCCACAGCAUGGCUAGUCAAUCGCCUCGAUGCCGCCAGAGCAGAUCAAGCCUCAAACUCGACGACGAAUGAUGAAAUCUUUGACAUGGCACUUGAAACCCUGAAAUUUGCCACGCUGCUACAGAAUAACGCGACAACAGCUCCGUGGGAUUGGCUGUGCAAGACAUACAAGCACAGGAACGUCGCAGCGUUUGUUCUUUCUGAAAUCUGUGUACGGCCCCUCACGCCUGAGACAGAGCAUGCAUGGGAGGUGGUUUCGCAGCUCUGCAAUCAAUGGCUAUCUGAGGAUUCACAGACACAAACGCAUACAAUGCUUCAGAAGCCCUUGGCCCGGUUGAUGGAACGCGCAUUUCUUGCGCGUAGGAAGAAGCUAGGCGAGGACCAAACAGCUGUGUCUGCAGAACCCAAUAUGAAGAUAUCACCAAAGCCUACUACAGGACCUCCGAAUGAAGUCCCAUUAGGAGACGACCUUCUUAUUCCGGGAGAUAUUGAACCCGAAUUUUCAUUCUCGAAUCUAGAUUGGCUCACAGGGCCAUUGCUAUAA